GGACUGGCGCUUAGACGCACCUGCAUUUAGCCAGGCUCUCACCACGCCCCCACCACCUCCACCAAUCGCCGUCACUCAGGCGAGUGGACGAGGAGGACCGUCACAUCAUGAAGUGAUGAAGGAGUUCCUACGACCUGGAGAUUUGCUGUUUUAGGGCUUACAGAGCUACAAGACAACACACAGGCUUUAUGCCUCAUCACGCUGACCCAGUCAAUCUCAACAGAGACAAUUCAUCACGUUGCAGCGCCCCUGCACGUUUUAACAUGGUGAAUGCGGAUGAAAUUGCCAAACUGUGCUACGAGCGUUUCAACCAGCUUCCGGGGAGAGGGAAGCCUGAGGCCGACAGAGAGUGGACCCUGCUGGCCGCCGUAGUCAUGGUCCGCCGCGGCACGAGCUCUGACACAGCUGAAAAAGAUGUUGUUUCCUUGGGAACAGGAACCAAAUGCAUUGGACAGACGGCUAUGAGUCCCAGCGGCAAUGUUCUCAAUGACAGCCAUGCAGAAGUUAUUGCCAGAAGAGGAUGCAUCAGGUACCUGAUGCAGGAGCUAUACAAGGCUGUGACUGGUGGGACCAGCUCUGUGUUUUGUGCAGCAGAUCAGCGAGGGAAGUGGAAGCUUCAGCCUGGAGUUUCUUUCCACUUCUUUACCAGUCACACUCCCUGUGGUGAUGCCUCCAUUAUCCCCAUGACUGACAGUCUGUCUCAACCAUGUCCCCCCGUUGCAUCUGUAAAAGGCAGUGAAAACACCGAUGUAGGAGCAAAGAGGAAAACUGAAGAACCAAGUGAAAGACAAAAUACUAAGCUGCUCUAUGUUGGAGACAAGGAGACCACAGGGACCAGACUCAAGGACCGAGGAGACACUAAUCAGACCUGCCCUCCAGAUUCAUUUAUGAGUCAACAUCAGUUACUAAGUGCUUCCACUAAAUCACCCUUGAAGACUGGUCCAAAACAGAAUACACAGGAUAUUCACAGAACAGGGGCCAAGUGUGUCCCAGGGGUCCCAGCAGACCCUCUGCAUGCUGGGAUCAGGUACCACAGCACAGGGGUCCUUCGGGUGAAGCCUGGCCGAGGAGAGCCCACAUUGUCUAUGUCAUGCAGUGACAAGCUAGCCCGCUGGACAGUGCUUGGCUUUCAGGGUGCGUUGCUGUCCCAUUACCUGCAGGAGGCACUCUACUUCAGCACUGUGGUGGUUGGGAAGUGUCCAUACAGCCAAGAAGUAGUACAGAGAGCUUUGAUCACAAGGUGCUCCCAUGUGUCACACCUUCCUGCUGGCUUCUCUGUGUGUCCACCACUACUGCUACAGUCCAGCUUAGAGUUCCCCUUCAGUCAGGCCCAGACCAAGCUCAGGCACCAGGGUGGAAAGGGACGCAUUUCCCCCUGUGGGGCAACCAUCAGUUGGUGUAAUGUGGCUGAACAGCCGCUAGAUGUCACUGCUAAUGGCUACAAACAUGGAGUCACCAAGAAGGACCUGGGCACAGCUAAAGCCAGGUCUCUCCUGUGUAAACUGGAGCUUUUCCGCUCCUUCCUGUCCUUGGCGUCAGUCACAGAUCCGUCAGCGCUCCCCGACUCCCUCAGGAAAACAGACUUGCAGACCUACUGGGACUACAAGCAGGCUUCCCAGUCAUACCAGCAGGCCUGGCACCAGCUGCUUAGUCAGGCCUUCCCUUUGUGGCCACGCAGCGAUAGAGAUCUCCUGCUCUUCCAGUGAAACCCCAGUCUGCAGCUUAGAUGUCCUCCUGCAUGAGCUCUGUGAAGACUGUCUUUGUCAUAGCGCAGAAUGGAGAUCACAGGUCAAAAUAACUAAGCUUCCACAAGAACCAUUGUACAAUAUGAGGCAUAUCGACUUUAAAAUCCUAUGAGACCUAGAUUUCAAACAAAGGACAGCAGUCACAGACAUCAUCACAUUAAACUUUAAAUAAAAGGACAAACACGUU